AUGAUAUCUCGGUGGCUGCUGCUCGUGGUCGGUCUGCUGCUGGCUUUGACCGCACAGCCGACCGCGGCCAAAGGGGACAAACCUACGGCCACGGCGACUGAACUGACCCACUCACCUAGAGGCUUGUUCUACUUCGAAGGGUCCAACACAAUUGUCUUUCACGAUGAAAGCGCACGCAAUGUCCACAUCUCUUUUGAUGGCGGUGAUGAGUGGAAGGUAGUUGAGGGCGACGAUGGAAGCAUACAAGGAAACGCGAUCGUCGUCAUGCCGCACCCGUACGACAACAACCGCGCCUACAUCAUCGGCCGAGGCACACACUGGAUCACCACCGAUCAGGGCAAAACAUGGAGACCCUUUGUGAUCAAGGCAGCCCCAAUGGUCCUGCGCAGUGUCAUUCCGUUCAAUUUCAAUGGUUGGGACCCUAGUAAGGUGAUCUUCAUGACCGAAGAGUGUUUCAUCAUAGGGUGUAUGACACAGUCCUUCUAUACAACUGAUGACUUCAAGACCAUCACUCCACUACGCGAAGCUAUCCUGGAGUGCUCCUGGGCCGCGAAUACCCCCCAAUUCGGCCAAGACCUCGAGAAAAAGGACUCCCUUGGAGACCGCAUUCUCUGUGUGGUGCCUGGAUUGCGUUCUGCCGAUCGCUCUGAGCGCCUGGUGUAUUCCGAUAACUUCUUCCGCGAUGAUGUGGAGGGUACCGAGGUCAAGCUGAAUCGCGGACUGCCUGUCAGUGCCGUGCAGAUCAAAGUUCGCUCGGUCAAGAAGUAUAUCGUCGCAGGUGUUCAAUCACGAGGCACCACUGAACAGGCCCUCUAUGUGAGUGACGACUCGCACGAAUGGCACCGCGCCGAAUUCGGUGGUCAUAAGGUCGAGAAGGAUGCAUACACGCUGCUGGAAAGUACAAACUAUAGUAUCCAGUUGGACGUGCAGACUACAUGGCACGAGAACCGCAUUGGUGUCCUCUUUUCAUCGAAUUCGAACGGAACAUAUUUCUCUCCCAACAUCGAACAUACCAAUCGUGAUCUGAACGGACUCGUUGACUUUGAGAAGGUCGCUGACAUCCAAGGCAUUGUCAUUGUGAACACGGUCGACAACUGGAAGAAAGUCGAAGAGUCUGACACUGAAAACAAGAAACUCGUCACCAGCAUCAGUUUCGACGAUGGUAGAACGUUCCAACCUCUCAAGGUGGAAGGCGACCGACUGCAUCUACACUCCAUGACUACCUAUGACUCCCUGCGCAAGUUGAGCUCUUUGGGCCGCAUGUUCUCAAGCCCCGCACCGGGCUUAGUGAUGGGCGUGGGCAAUACUGGCGAGCACCUAAAGAAGUACUCCGAGGGUGAUCUUUAUGUCUCCGACGAUGCAGGUCUUCAUUGGCGGAAAGCAUUGAAGGGCCCUCAUCGAUUCGAGUUUGGUGACCAAGGUGGCAUCAUUGUGGCUGUCAGCGAUGAUGGUGACACUAAAAAGGUCAAGUACUCCAUUGACCAUGGCAAGGAAUGGGAGGAUAUCGAGUUGGAGCACAAAAUCAAAACUUCCUUCCUGACCACAACUCCCGACUCGACGAGCCUGAAAUUCUUGCUCGUAGGUCAGAAAAGCGAAGGUCAUGGUGAUAUCAUCUACUCCCUUAACUUUGAAGGCCUCCAUGAGCGAAAGUGCACCAAGGACGAUGUCGAGACAUGGACUGCUCGUGUGGAUGAGAAUGGCAAGGCAGACUGUCUGAUGGGCCACAAGCAAUUCUUCCAGCGCCGGAAAGCCAGCGCCAACUGCUUCAUGGAGAAAGAGUUCCAGAUGGACCCACCUAUCUUUGAGAAGUGCAAGUGCUCAGCAGAAGACUUUGAAUGUGAUUACAACUUCCAGCGCUCUGAAGAUGGCAAGGAGUGUCUGCCGGCAGUGUCUUUGACUGCCCCUGCGGGCAAGUGCAAGGAUACCAAUGACAAGUACAUGGGUCCCUCAGGUUGGCGGCUCAUCCCCGGCAACGCGUGUAUUCGCGAUGGCGGUGAGAAUCUUGACAAGGAAAUAGAGCGAUCGUGUGGAAAUACCACCGUCGGUUCUCCAGUCACCGACGGCAAGGUCCAUGCAGGAAAGCCACAGGAGUUUGAUGCCACUGACGCGGACUUCUUCUAUCUCGAACGUCAAGCUAGUAACUCCGGGGACGAUGAGACUAUCUUCAUGCUCACCAACCAGCUGCAAGUUUCUGUCUCCCACGAUCAUGGCAAGAACUGGGAACAGCCUGCAGCUCUCAAGGAUGAAAAAAUUAAAGAAAUGAUUCAGCACCCGGACUACACCGACGGUGCUUACUUCUUGACCACUUCGGGCUACGUUUACUCGACUAUCGACCGCGGAUAUUCAUUCCGAAAAUUCAAGCAGCCCACCACUUACGUUCCAGAGAGAACGUCACCCUUGGUUUUCCAUGAAAAAUACAUGGACUGGAUGAUCUGGAUCGGCAGCGAGACCUGCGAAGGCAAAGAUUGUGUUAUGGAUGCCUACUUUAGCAGGAACCGCGGCCACGAGUGGCAACUGAUGCUCCGUGGAGUCGGCUCAUGUGUAUUUGCAUACAGUGACAAGCGCGAGGACAGCGAACAGCUUGUCAUCUGUGAACAAUAUGCACAGGAGAACAGCAAGAACAACCGGCAGCUGGUGUCCAGUAACUCAUUAGACAACUGGGCGGAUAAGAAGGUGAUUGACGACAACAUCGCGCACUUUGUGACGAUGAACGAUUUCAUUGUGGUCGCAACAUAUCCCACGGAAAAGCACAAGUUUUUGAAUGUCACCACCAGCCUGGAUGCCCGUGUGUUUGCACAGGCCAAUUUCCCCUUCAACAUCGAUGUUCCUCAAUACACGGUUCUUCCGGGCUCAUCGUAUGCCUUGUUCCUGAUUGUGCAGCUCAGCACCAAAGAGGGUUGCGCAUAUGGCUCCCUGGUCAAGAGUAACAGCAACGGUACUUAUUUCGUUCAAAGCCUGGAAGCUUUGAACAUGGACGACCGAGGCUAUGUCGAUUUUGAGAAGAUGGCGGGAAUUGAGGGUGUCGCGCUUGCCAAUGUCGUCCGCAACAAGGAGGCCGUGGAUAGCAAGGGAGACGUCAAGAAGCUUGUCUCUGUCAUUACCCACAAUGAUGGUGGCCAGUGGAUGCUAUUGCCGCCCCCAACUCGCGAUGUUGAUGGUAAUAAGUUCGAUUGUUCUGUUAUAGAGGGUCAGGGCACACUUGAUUGCGCACUGCACCUACAUAGCUACACGCAGCGGCGCGAUUGGCGGGAUACUUUCUACUCUGGAUCUGCUAUCGGGUUGAUGAUUGGGGUUGGUAACGUGGGCGACUCCCUGUCGAACACUCCUGCCGAUGCCAAUACUUUCCUCAGCCGAGAUGGAGGAAUCAGCUGGAAGGAAAUCAAAAAAGGUCGCUUCAUGUUUGAGUAUGGUGACGCCGGGUCGGUGAUUGUGCUUGUCCGCGAGCAUCAGCCGACCAAGGUGGUCUACUACAGCGUCGACGAGGGCGAGAAUUGGACGGAGUUCCAAUUUUCAGAAACCGAGAUGGUCAUCGAUGACAUCUCGACCGUUCCAUCGGAUACGUCGAAGAACUUCCUCUUGUGGUCCAAGUCUUCCAACAAGGUCACUACCAUCAAUCUUGACUUCAGUGGUAUCUGGGAUCGCCAGUGCGAGCUUGAUGAAGUGAACGGUCAGAGUGAGGACUACUACUUGUGGACUCCCACGCACCCCGCUCAGGGAGAUAACUGUUUGUUUGGACAUAUUGAGCAGUACCAGCGCAAGAAGCCCGGUGCGGAAUGCUGGGUUAAUUGGCGCGAUCCGCAUAUCCACCGAAUUGACGCAGGAAACUGCACCUGCACCCGUGCCGACUUUGAAUGUGACUACAACUACGAAAUUCAAAGCGAUGGUAGCUGUGCACUUGUGCCAGGUCUCCCCCAACCUGACCACAGUUUGCAGUGCAAGGAUGAUCCCAAACUGGUCGAGUACUGGGAGCCGACUGGCUACCGAAAGCUUCCGCAGACAACAUGUCAGAGCGGAGAGCAGGAUCUCGACCGUCAAGUUCCCCGCCCCUGUCCUAACAAGGAGAAGGAGUUUGAGAAGAAACACGGCAUCAGCGGCGUGGGUCUGUUCUUCGCCAUUGUGAUCCCCAUCGCGGCGGCGACUGCAUUCGGAUACUUUGUCUACACCCGGUGGGAUGGCAAGUUUGGACAGAUCCGCUUAGGCGAGGGCUCCUCCGGGUCUGGCGGUUGGUUCAAUGGGGACUCUCCCUUGGUUGUCGUGCCUGUUGCCAUCAUCGCUGGAUUGGUGGCUGUGGCCCAGGCGUUGCCGUUGAUGGGGUCCAGCCUGUGGAGGACAAUUACUGGAUUCAUGCGUCGUGGCCGCUCCCAGCGGCCUUAUGCGACGCGUGGUUCUUUUGCAGCUCGUCGGGGUGAUUACUCGCAUGUGGUGGAUGACGAAGAUGAGUUGCUAGGUGUCGAUGAAUUUGAGGAGGAUGAGGAGGCCUAG